AUCAACUCCUAUCCACAUCCAUCCCUUCACAGUCCACGCAAAAUGAGGACCUCUCUUCUUCUCACCGCGGCUCUUGCCGGACUGGCCAUCGCCGAGGACACCACCACCGUCGGCUACUUCGCCGCCGACUGGACGAGCAUCGAGAUCCCCAGGUACGAGAGCACCGCCGCCAGCGUGGCCGGCAUCAACGCCGUGGCGACCACCUACGCCGUGGGCUGUCUCAAAGACGCGCCCACCUCCCUCUGCCACAUCGACAAGCCCUGGACCCUCAUCCAGGGCUCCGAAACCUACAGUCUCACCGGUGUCUACACGGCGGGGCAGACCGGCAAGGAAAAAGACAACGGCGUCACCGUCACCCGUGACAUUCAGUGCUCUUUCACCUCCUUCUCCGAGUCCGCCGGUUGCUCCUUUAGCUACCAGGCGACUGGGAAAAUUAGCGGAGCUUCCUACUCCACCGGCACGUCGUCUUCCUCUACCUUCGCGACAGAUCAGGUCGGCUACUAUAAAAUGCCUGUGACUGCCGGAUUGUCGUCUUUUACGGCCCCCCAGGCAACGGAGACUCCGGAUGCUGCGAGGGCCGUCGGUCCUGCUAGGGCUUUGAUCACCGCGGCUCCGCUGGCUGCUGCGGCUGCGGUGGCUAUUUUCUAGUUCUUUCGUGUUGUUGCUGCUAUGGUUAUGUUAAUUUCAUUAGUGGGUGUAUGAC